CAAAUUGAGUGACUGGACAAACCACAUAAAGGGAGGAUGUUCUUUCUAAUGACACAUCAGUAUCUUCAACAGAUGCACCUCUCAGCAUGGUAUAUUCUGUCCCUUUGGUGUAUCAUUCUAGCCAAAAUGUGUGGUAUAGUUUGGUUUAAAACCUCAAUACAUUUUUAUGAGAUGAAACAAGAGAUCUCGCAUGCAAUAUAUGCUACUCCACUGCAAUCGGAAACAUGGAAUCUAACUCUGAAAAAAGUCAGGAUGUCUCUUCAGGAAACAGUUCACUAUCAACUGGAUUCUCCUGAAGCAGAUGAGGAAUGGGCAUUAUUGUAUCCUGGUGAAGGCAUAGUCUACUUGCAGGAUGACCACAAACCAUUCACCAUUUCACUCUUCCAUCAACUACAAUGCCUCGAUAUUGUGCGGAAAGAAAUCAUACACGGCUAUCAUAUGUCUGCUGCUGUGCCUUCUGAUCUGGUUCAGCAUUGCAUUAAUCAUCUCCGGCAGAUGAUACUUUGCCGUUCGGAUGUAUAUCUCUCCCCUGUGGUGGCAAUACCCACACCAAAAGCUCAGAGUCUUGACACAUAUGAGUGUAAUGAUUGGCAUGAAGUUUUCCGGGCAGUUCAAAAGAAUCAGGAAACUUAUAUUACAUAGGUCCCUUACAAUGUUUUGUAUUUUGGAAUAAAGGAUAGCAAAACUCUUUACUGAAAAUAGAAGCACAACACUCUGUACUCGGAAACAGAAGCAGAGCACCCCGUAGCUGGAAAUAGAAGCACAGCACUCUGUACUUGGAAAUAGAAGCCUAACACUCUGUACUUGGAAAUAGAAGCACAACACUCUGU